UCCAUAGCCGAGACGUGCCGCCGCGCCAGCGUCAAUGCGGGGAUGUCACACCGGCGGCAGUAGUGGACUUCCGCUCAGCGAGUUUUCUUGAACAGAGUAGAAAAGGAGACGCAGACAAAUAAGCCGCAGAAGAGAGCGAAGUGACUCAUUCGUACCCCUGGAGUGCGUCAAGAAGAGUCGCCAAUGGCCGGGGCGCAGCCUGGAGUGCAUUCUCUGCAGCUCAAACCCGUGUCCGUGCCCGAGAGCCUCAGGAAGGGCAGUAAAUUUAUGAAAUGGGAUGAUGAUUCAACCACUGUGACGCCAGUGACGCUAACUGUUGACCCCAAGGGUUACUUCCUUUAUUGGACAGACCAGAACAAGGAAACAGACCUACUGGAUAUAGCCUACAUAAAAGAUGCCAGGAACGGAAAAUGUACCAAACUUCCAAAGGAAGCAAAGCUGCGGGAGCUCCUGGAUGUCAGCACUCUGGCCGGAAAGAUGGAGAACAGGAUGCUGACGGUGGUGAGCGGCCCUGACAUGGUCAACAUCACGUAUCUGAACUUCAUGGCCUUUCAAGAGGAGAACGCUAAGGAAUGGGCAGAGGAGCUGUUCAGUCUGGCAUCCAACCUCCUGGUGCAGAACUUGUCCAGAGAGGCCUGCCUGGAGAAAGCAUACACUCGACUGAAGCUGCAGCUCAACCCCGAGGGCCGGAUCCCUGUCAAGAAUAUCUGCAGGAUGUUCUCAGCAGACAGGAAGCGUGUGGAGACGGCCCUGGAACACUGUAACCUCCCAUCUGGCAGAAAUGACUCCAUACCCCAGGAAGACUUCACUGCUGAGAUCUAUAACAUGUUCCUGAGCAAUCUCUGCCCACGCUCUGAGCUGGAUCACAUCUUCUCUGAUGUGGGAGCUAAGAGCCGUCCCUACCUCAGCGUGGAGCAGAUGACAGAGUUCAUUAACAGUAGACAGCGAGACCCUCGUCUGAACGAGAUUCUCUACCCUCCUCUCAAACCAGAACAGGUCCAGCUGCUGGUGGACAAAUAUGAACCCAACGCAUCGCUGGCACAGAAAGGUCAGAUCUCCAUGGAAGGCUUCGCUCACUACCUGAGUGGGGAGGAGAACAGUAUCAUCCCCCCCGAGAAGUUGGACCAGAGUGAAGACAUGACCUUCCCCCUCUCCCACUACUUCAUCAACUCCUCCCACAACACCUACCUCACCGCUGGGCAGCUCGCUGGGAAUUCUUCGGUGGAGAUGUACAAGCAGGUGCUCUUGGCCGGAUGCCGCUGCAUUGAGCUGGACUGCUGGAAAGGUCGCACCACUGAAGAAGAACCUGUCAUCACUCACGGCUUCACCAUGACGAGUGAAAUCUCCUUCAAGGAGGUGAUUGAGGCAAUCGCAGACUGCGCGUUUAAGACCUCCCCCUUCCCGGUCAUCCUCUCGUUUGAGAACCACGUGGACUCACCAAAGCAGCAGACCAAGAUGGCAGAAUACUGCCGAUCAAUAUUUGGAGACGCGUUACUCACAGAACCACUGGAAAAAUACCCUUUGGAGUCUGGUGUGCCGCUGCCAAGCCCGAUGGAACUGAUGGGGAAGAUCCUGGUGAAGAACAAGAAAAAACACCAUAAGGCAGAUGGAAGCACCAAGAAGAAACUGUCCGAGCAGGUUUCCAACACCUGCAGUGAUUCCUCCAGCGUGUGCGAGCCGUCCUCCCCCAGUGCAGGUUCAACCAAAGAGGAGACGGCGGACUCUUCGCAGCCUGACAGCGCUGAGCUCAGCCUGAGGCCGCAGAGCAGAAAGUCGAUCGGUGAGGUGGAGGCAGAAAGUGAGGAUGAAGAUGAUGAUGAUGAUGACUGUAAGAAGGGUUCAAUGGAUGAGGGGACAGCAGGCAGUGAAGCAUUUGCCACAGAGGAAAUGUCCAAUCUGGUCAUCUACAUCCAGCCAGUAAAGUUCAACACCUUUGAGGGUUCCAAAAAGAUAAAUCGCAGCUACCAGAUGUCGUCCUUUGUGGAGACCAAAGCUUUGGAGCAACUGACUAAGUCGCCUGUAGAGUUUGUGGAGUACAAUAAGCUGCAGCUCAGCCGGAUUUAUCCCAAAGGCACCAGAGUGGAUUCAUCCAACUACAACCCUCAGCUGUUUUGGAACGCCGGCUGUCAGCUGGUGGCUUUAAACUUCCAGACAAUUGAUUUGUCCAUGCAGCUGAACCUGGGUAUGUAUGAGUACAACGGGAAGUGUGGCUACAGACUGAAACCUGAGUUUAUGAGACGGCCGGACAAACACUUUGACCCUUUCACAGAGAGCACGGUGGACGGCAUCGUCGCCAACACGCUGUCAGUGAAGAUCAUCUCAGGUCAAUUCCUGUCAGAUAAAAAAGUGGGCACAUAUGUGGAAAUUGACAUGUUCGGCUUACCUGUGGACACCAAGAGGAAAGCUUUCAAGACCAAGACAUCUCAGGGCAAUGCCAUCAACCCCGUUUGGGACGAGGAGGCCAUUGUCUUUAAGAAGGUUGUUCUGCCCACGCUUGCUUCUUUGAGGAUAGCUGUGUUUGAAGAAGGAGGGAAGUUCAUUGGACACCGCAUCAUUCCUGUCUCAGCCAUCCGUCCAGGUUAUCACUACAUCAGCCUGAGGAAUGAGAAGAACCAGUCCCUGACCAUGCCUGCCCUGUUUGUGUACGUGGAAGUGAAGGACUAUGUCCCUGACACGUUUGCAGACGUCAUUGAAGCCUUGUCCAAUCCCAUCCGCUACGUCAACCUGAUGGAGCAGAGAGCCAAUCAGCUGGCUGCUCUCACUUUGGAGGAGGGAGCGGAAGAGGAAGGUGACAAAGAGGUGGAUGGAGGAACCAGUGCGCCCUCCGAAUCUAAAGUGGACCCUAGGGCGGCGUUGCCUGCAGAGAAUGGUCUGAGCCACACUCCUAUCAUUGCGCCUAAACCUCCUUCACUUGUUGGACACCAACCUCAGACUGCAGGUUCUUUGAAACCAUCUGUGAAGACUGAAGAUAUUAUUCAGAGCGUUCUUACUGAAGUGGAGGCCCAAACACUGGAGGAGCUGAAGCAGCAGAAAGGCUUCGUUCGAGAACAGAGGAAACAGUACAAGGAGAUGAAGGAGCUUGUUCGGAAACACCACCGCAAGACCAGCGAGCUGAUCAAGGAGCAGACAGCCCGUGUGUCUGAGCUACAGAGUCAGUAUCAGCGGCGACGUUCUUCAGUGCAGAAGAGCCACAAACGAGACGGUAAGAAAAGUCGGUCCGAGCACUCGCUGUCAGCCCUGGACCAGCAUAUGAAUGAGCUGGAACAGGAGUGCAGCCUGAGACUGUCAGAACUGAAGGAACAGCAGCAGCAACAGCUGCUCACGCUCAGACAAGAGCAGUACUACAGUGAGAAGUACCAGAAACGAGAACAUAUCAAGCAGCUGAUUGAGAGGCUGACCUCCAUAGCAGAGGAGUGCCAGAGUAUUCAGAUGAAGAAACUCCGAGACAUCUGUGAGAAGGAGAAGAAAGAUCUCAAGAAGAAAAUGGAUAAAAAGCGGCAAGAGAAGAUUAAUGAAGUCAAAUCUAAAGACAAAAAUGUAACAGAAGAAGAGAAGCUGGAGAUCAACAGAUCGUUUGUCAAUGAAGUGGUUCAGUACAUCAAACGGUUGGAAGACGCACAGAGUAAAAGACAGGAAAGACUACUGGAGAAACACAAGAACAUCCGCCAGCAGAUCUUAGACGAACGGCCAAAGCUCCAGAGCGAUCUGGACCAAGAAUACCAGGACAAGUUUCGUCGGCUACCUGUUGAAAUCCAAGAGUUCGUCCAGGACUGCAGCAAGGCCAAACUUAACGACGACGGCCCCCAUGUAACUCUGUCCGCAUCUACGACUGCGGAAAAGCUCAACCAUAAGGCAACACAGUCAGAGGACGACACAGAGGAUGGUUCUUCAGAACGGGUCUACGACACGCCCCUUUAGAGAGCUCACGUGCGAUUUGCUUCACACUGGGACACUGAUUGGUGGAUAAUUGUGAUCACACGUGUAGGACGAGACUGGCCCCACCUUUGGUCCUUGUAUUAACCAUUGGAAGGAUUAGAUCAAAUCUCAGCCUGGAUCGGUGAGUAGAGGUCCUCUCUACCUUGAGUGCCGUCUUGUCCAGAAAACCGUGUCAUGUAAAUAGUAUUAUUUGUGUAUUUGUAUGUUCACUGUAUGUUGUCGUCUCUUUCGGUACGGCCACACCAAGUGUUGCAAAGCAGUAAAUAUUUACAGAAAAUACUGUAAUUUACUUGAACUACUGCACAGAGAGAAUUGUUUCUUUUUAUCAUUUUUAGAAUAAUAUUGACAGUAGUGGCUGUCCGUAAGAUGUGUGGUGCCAAGCUAACGUUUUCUGGUGGGCAUUUACCAUUCAAGUGGAGUCAACUUGUACUGUAAGCCCAACGUUGCGUUUUCAGGCUUUUAAUGUUUCAUUUUAAAGUUGGCGAAGGUUGAAAUAGUCACCUAGCAUAUUUGCACUACGUAACCAUGUAACGUUGUUUUAACCCAGAGGCACUGGUGGCUUACUGGUUCUCGAUUUUGUUCUCACAGAACUAAGCUUAUGUGUUGCUGCUAUUUUUUAAUACACAUUAGCUGUUUGUUUUUAAAUCAUCAUCUGGGUUGUAUAAUAUGUGGCGUAGUGAUAUGAUUGCGUAGUGAUUGUUCCGUUGUUCUUUUUUUUUUUUGUCACUCUUUUGACAAAAACGGGCAACGCUGCCCAGGAAGAAGGUGAAGGGAAACUAUGUUGUACAGUGUCUGCAUGUGUUUGAACAACUUUAAAUGUUUGGUAGGUCUUUAGCAGAAGUAUUAAUUCAAUGUAAAUCCAUUUUCUCACGAAUAUUUUUGCGAAACAAAACACUGGCCCCAAUGUGAUGUGUGACAAGUGGAGCAAUGGAAGUACCAAUGCUCCCCUUAGUUACACAGCAAAAUCAACAGUGUUAAAUUAACACUUUUUCAGUGUCCGUUUUAAACUUACACUCUGUGUUAACACAGGAAGUAUUGCAUUUACACUUUUGAAGUGUUUAUUUAACACUAAAAAGCAUGGACACAGAUAGAUGACUUCUGGGGUUCAUUUAACACUGGCAGUUUUGCUAUGUACGAUCUCAGAGAAUUAUUUGAUAUAUAUAUAUAUAUAUAUAUAUAUAUAUAAAACUUUCACUGGCCUGAAUUAACAAGGAUGUUGAGAUUGAGAAGAUACAACUGUAGUUUUAUUCUGAAGACUGUCUUCUUAGAAGGGCUUUGAACACUGUGCACGAACAAAUGUCUGUCACGACCCAUCCUAAAUAAUAGCAGGCUGACCUCAAGGGAGGGUUGGGCGAUAUGACUCCAAAUCAAUAUGACAUUUAUAUUUCAAUAUUAACAAUGUUAACAUAGGGGGUUAAAGACAGACUGUGGACAGACAUUAUUGUAAACUUUUUUUUUUAACUGUAUUUAACCAGGUCAAUCCCAUUGAGACACAAAGAUCUCUUUUCCAAGGGAAGCCUGGCCAAGAAAGCAGCUUAAAAACAAAGUUUCAAGACCGUUUGCCUCACAAUGGUUUCUCUAAGGAACUGCUCAUUGGACACAGUCAUUCCAGUGGUUCUCUGGAUAAAUACUAGCUGACCUAAUGCUAAUAACCAGAUAUUGAAACUAAACAUGUCACAGGGUUAAGGAUCCACUGCUCCCUUUUCCUUGACAAAGUGCAGUUUGUGCCCAUUUAAAUGCAGAAAACAGUGGAAAAAAGCAUCAAACCAUUAUUUGUUCCCUGGUUAUAAAAGCUGCGUAGAGCCAAAUCAUGAAUGAAUUUCAGUCCAAUACCCUUGCAACACAUUACUGAACAUUUAUAGAACAUUAUCUUGCAGUUAAAUUUGGUGGAAAUGGCUUCGCUCUUCAAGGGAUCUACACUUUUAAAGAAUCUUCUAAUCCACAACAUUUAUAGAUGCUUGUGAACAUGCAAACAACCACACAAGUGCGAGAGGGGAAAUGCUUACAGUGUGUGAAUCUUUCACCAUUGAAAGGGGAAUCAUUACUGUUCACGUUAGCUAAUUCUUCUGUUUGUUAAAGUUUGGUGUCUUAAAUAACGAACCCAUGUAAUUGGUGUACCGUUUGUUGUCGUUUGCCUCAGUGCACAUUUGGCACUGAGAUAAUGCAAAAUUCAUGGAAAGCAAUCCCCUAUACACUGUAUACUGGUUGCUAGUGUGGGCUAGCAAGUUUGAGAACCCUCAUUUUUGUAACGUGUGGGAUCAUACAUAUUGCUUAUCGUCAUAAAGGAAGUAAAGGAACUGUGAAUCUGCCACACCAAGAAAGCAAAAAAUUGAAGGGAAACUAAAUUGUGACUGGCAGUAGCCUAAUGCAAUCUGUAACUUCACCACUAGAUGGCACUAGGUCCUACACACUCACUUUAAAGAGGCCAUACUUUAAGAAGUAAUAAUAAAUAACUUUACUGGAAUACAUUUUUUAAAGUAAAACUUAUUAUUGAUUUCUGUCUUAUGAAUAAUUGGUCUGUUUCCUCUUUAACAAACUAACUUGAGCUAUUUAAGUCAAGGGUAUAUUUUAAUUGUUUUUUUCUUGAAAACAAGUUGAAAGCAAAGGACUACCUAACAUGUAAGUACAAUUUCUUUUUAUUUUUAGCAAAAUAAAGAUGUGUCAUGUUGAUGUGAGAGUCCUGUGUCUUUGAAUAGGUUUGGCUUGUUUGAUGUUGAAUGUGUGAAAUGCAUCACUGUUUAAAUUGCCACUGUAUUAUAUGAUAUGAAGCUGUCUGAUAUUGACUAGACCAUGUGCACUUUUUUUAGUACAGUACCACUACUGAGUAAUGCUUGUGAUGAGCAGUAUUUGAGAUGUCUCAUGAGAAAUGUCGGAUGUUCGUCUUUUUUGUCUCGAACCACUUUAUUUAACAGCCCUCCUUAUCAUCACCCUAAGUGUAUCCACUCUGGAAAUGUAAAUGUAUGUAAAACAUAAAGCUUAAAACAUGAAGGUGAUAAAAAAAAUAUAUAUAUAUAUAUAUAUAUAGUGUAAAGGGAACUUGCCUGUAAUUCAAAUAAAUGUGGCUAUUAUUGUACUUUGCCGGAGUGAAGUUGUGGGUCUUUUGAUUUGUCGCUGGUCUCAACCCAGUGUUUCAGUUUUUAUUUGUUGGCCUUAAACGUGCGUGUCUGUAAGUGCAUGUCUUACUAUUAUUCUCACGUUUCCUCGGUCAGUCUGCUGUCGACUGUGUUUGGAUUUUGUACAUCUUCAUGUUCUAUUGUGUCAUCAUUAAAUGGAAAUUUCAAAUGUCAA